GUGUUGAGUUACUUUUAAUGAGCAGAGCAAUAGCCUAUCUAAAGCCUGUGUGUCGCACGUAGCUUUCAUCUUAGGUAUCGGUUGGCAUUUGUCCAUAGGUUAUAAGCUGUCUUCCAAAGAUGGUUCGAACACAUUAUGGACCACCACGCUUGAAAUCCAGACCCUAUGACGAUUCUCAUCGACAUAAUGAAGGGAGUUACAACCCAAACUCUAAAAGUCGAAGAGACGACCAGGGAUACCAUAACAAGGCACCUUCUAGCUGGAGAGAAUCCAGAGGUAGAGGUAGAGGACGACCAGGGCCAGUUGGCAAAAGAGUUCCUGAAAUGGGACCUCAACGGGAGCCACGAUUUAAUCACUGGAGGUCUCACAGUCAGGAUUCCUUCCAAUCCCACCCUCCCAAAAUGGACCAACACCAUAGCCAUCGCAGGCAGUCUCCAUUGCGUCUGAAUCGUACCCCCCAGCAUCGUUCAUCCCCUCACAGUUCUGCACACGUACAGCAGAGUCAAAGGGGUCCACCUUUCCACGGCCACCCCUCAGGUCACAGGUCACCUUCCCCAAGACAUUUUCGUAGCCACCCAGCUGACAGGAGACCAGGCUCUGCGACUGCUUACCGGGGAUCUUUUAGGGGUCCCAGAAGGCAGUCAAGUUUUCCUCCACAAGAUCAGCGGAGUCGAGACCCUCAUCCAAGGGAAAGAUCCUAUGAACAGUCAGGUCAUGGCAUGAAGCGCUGGAAUGAACCUGCAUCGUUCUCUCAUCCGUCAAAUGGAGAGCAUCGGCCCUCUGGGUCACAAAGGAGCCUCAGAGAAGUGCCAGGGAGAGGCUCAUGUACAGAGAGGUGGUCAUCUGAACAAGAUUCCAGAAGGCAACGCGGUCCUGUGGAGAGGCAAGGCAGCAGAUCCCACAGUCGAGAGAGGGCACAAGAUGCCCCUCAUCCGCCCCCUUACAGAGCCCCCCCAUGGAAAGGAGGCCCUCCACCACCAUCAUCUUCUCACUACAGGAGCCUUAUGGAGAGAAACGUUUCAGGACCCCGCAAGAGGAGAAUAUCAAACAUCAGCAUGCCCUCUUCACGGCCAGAACCGUAUUAUGGCAAUCCGAAGUACCCUAGGAGAGAGAGACCUCAUCUGAUGGGUAUUCCCAGGCCAUUUGGUGGUCCACCAUUGUCUUUUAGGGGUAGAAGUUACCUAAACAGGGGUCGGCAAAUCAGAGCAACAUCUCUCAUGAGGCUGAGAAUUCCCCCAACUAUUAGACCAAGGCCUCGUUUGGGCGAUAUUGCUGCACAGGGACAUGCUAGCUCUGUUUUUGCUAUAAGGAAGAAGCGUUUCCAGAUGAGGGCAGGUCCUCUAAGAAACGAGGAACCAAGAAGGCCAAAACCACAACAAUCUUCACCCAGUGAGGACGACAAAGUCAGCAAAUCUUCAAGAGACUCUGGCACAGGAAAAGAACAGGUGGAAUCCCGCCGGUCGUUGAGCAAACACAGAUCCUCUCCAAUAGAGAAACGUGAUCUUGUUGUUUUGUCUCAUUGGCCACCGGGACCAAGCUCGUCCAAAGAUGGCUCGCCUCCAAAAGGUCCCAGCCCAAAGUCAAAAACGGAUCACAGUUCAGAUGGGGAAAGCACAUCUUAUAGACGUCUCUCAAAUGAUUCCAGAUCACCUGAAGACAGGAAACGUGGAUACUUGGAUAAAAGAAUAUUUAGACCCGCUAAUGUGAUGCACGACAGCAACAGACCUGCAAGGCCAGCUUUCAGGAGACCAGGACCUAUGCUGCGGCCGAGGAUUCCUGGUGGUUCAAGGAAUACGGGCCCAGACCUGUCGGAAAAUGUCAGAAGACCUCUGAUGGAGACUUUAGUGCCCCGUCCUUUUCCGAAUCAGAGACCAGUGUUCAAAAAAAGCUACAGCAUCGUGUCUAAGUACCGCAACAUGAGGGUGAUGCGUCAGCGUGCGCCUUACGGGAGAGGACCCAACCAACAACGCUAGCAAUAACCUCUGGUACCAAAUUGUGAAUGUGGAGCUUAGAAAUGCUGAAAUAUCCCAUACAGAACAUCUCUUGUCAAGGUGGACUGCACAAACCUGCCCAGCCUCACCUCACACCUGACCAGCUUGUAUGUUGUGAAAGUGUCCCUGCUAAGAUGUGGUCCCUGGUGUUUUAUUUGCUUUAUUUAACUACUACUGUACCAAGUUUUAAAAGUUUCUAACUGUUCCAUCUUCUUUUUUUGACAUUUUGUGGUUUGGGAGAAGUUGCUUAGAAUAUUCUUGUUAGUCCUGAUUUGACUCAAAAUGUGUUAACAUUUUCUUUUGUUUACAAGCAGCAAUCAAACAUUGACUUACUUUGACUAUGUGACUUUGUAAACUUCUACUGUUAUCAUGUCAGAGGUUCACUCUAAAUAAAAUUAGAAAUGUAAAACAA